ACUGCCAAGGAGCCGCGCGCACUGCCGCAAGACGGGCUCUGGAUUGCACAGCACGGACAACUCUCUCCCCCGUGUUUCUCUGAGGGCAUCUGCUCGUUUGGAAUAUAUUCUUUCUGGACUAUUAACUACUAAUAUAAAAUAAUAAUAACAUUAAUAAUCGUGCCUGUUAAAGUUGUCUAAUAGUCUCUUACAGAAAAGGACCCAGGUUUCUUUCUCUUUUCUUGAAACUGUGGGGGGAAAAAAAGUGUAAAGUUUAUUUCUGCGAGUAGGAGGACAAGUGCAAUGCGCAUCAGGCUUGUCUCUUUGGAUUGUUCCACUUGCGCUUAAGGAGCCAUGUCGAGCUGCAGCACAGGGCUUGUUCAAGAGGACGCGGUCCAAUGUGAAUAACGAGAAUCGACCUCCAGCAGUCUCGAGAUUUCACAAGUGCGAGCAAGCAAGUGCAGCGCGGCGUCCGACGGAGCCCCCCGAGCUGCUCUGACACCCCGGGUUCUCUCCCCGAGGGGAUGGUUGUGGAUCCUCUGGAGCCAGGAGCGACUCUGAGGCUCCGACAGUACAGCACCUUCUUCGCGAUCGGGGUUAAUUCAAAAUUAAAAGGAAAUGAGAGCCGCACUUUCUUACUUCCUGCUGUGGACGACGUACCUACUGCUGGCCACCGCUGAGGAAGUGGAGUUUCCCCAGGAGCUGAUAGACCGACUGUCCCACAGUGAAAUCCACAGCAUCAGCGACCUCCAGCGGCUACUGGAGAUUGACUCCGUAGGUACGGGAAACGAUGUUAUUGAGGAGCCGAAGCACCACAAGCAGCACCACAACCACCAGAAAAACUACUCUCAUCAUCACGGUUACUACAAUGACCUGAAGAGCUCCCAGCUGCACAGCCGACGCAAGAGGAGCAUCGUGGAGGAGGCCGUUCCGGCGGUGUGCAAGACGCGAACGGUGAUCUACGAGAUCCCCAGGAGUCAGGUGGAUCCCACGUCCGCCAACUUCCUGAUAUGGCCGCCCUGUGUGGAGGUGAAGCGCUGCACGGGCUGCUGCAACACCAGCAACAUGCGCUGUCAGCCCUCCCGCAAGCACCACCGCACCGUUAAGGUAGCCAAGGUGGAGUACGUGAGGAGGAGACCCAAGCUGAAAGAGGUCUUUGUGCGGUUGGAAGAUCACCUGGAGUGUGUGUGCACGUCGCAGCAUCAUGUGGUGGAGCACUCAGAAGCAGAAACAGUGGACGUGAGGUGAGACCAAUGAGAGCAGAGGACUCCGGCGAGGGCGAGACCUGAACGGAGGACGCCGCCACAAAGGACGUCUGCUCUGUCCUCUUUCCCGCUGCCUUCAACCUGAAAGAAACUUUUCUGUAAAAUUGAGAGACUGAAACAAAAAAAAUAAAAUGCCAAAGGUGCUUUUUUUUUAAGAAAAGAAAGAAAAAGAAGAAGAAAAAAAAAAGACAAAGAUGCAAAGAUAGAGACCAGCGACCCAAGAAACUGAACUGCGCCGCUGCUGGACUGAAUGGAGAAGAUGCCAUGGAGCUCGGGCGGGGCGGAGAGACACCGAAGGCUGAAUGGGACACUGAACUGGACAGAAACAGAAACUGAUGUCUCGGUGCUCCCGUCUCUGCCCUGUUCAAAUGACUCCGACACACAGGAGGAGACAAACUGGACAAAACACAGACGGAUGGAACGUGUUUCAUUUCUUCGAAAGACUGUGGAGCGUCGCUCGUUUUGAACCUUCAGACGUGGAUGUUCUCUGAGGCGCCUGGUUAUCUCUGACUUUGCCCAACUGUUCUGUACAGUUUGAUUUUCGAAUGGAAGUUGCGCUACUUACAAACUAUUUAUAUGUGUGGACAUUUGCUUUCUGUCUCCUCUGAUAGAUAAGAAAGACCCCGAAAGGUGUUUAUAUGAUUUUGAAGACAUGCAAGAGUUCUCUGCGGUCUGCUUUUUUUUUUUUUUUGUAACCACCAAGAUCACAAUCUCAGUGUCAAUUUGUUUUUUUAGUUGCUUUUUUUUUUUGUCGGCAAUGUUUCUUAUUAUAUUGCAGUAUACCUGAUUUAUGUCAAGUCUUGUAUAUGGUUUGGAUAAAUGUGUGCAAGGAGGAUGUGAGCGAGUCAGUACAGGAAGAUGCUUUAUUUUUGUUAUGAAAUAUAUUAUGCAUACUUAUAUUCCAGCAGGAAUUAUGCUUUUUUUUUUUUUUUUUGCAUUUGUUUGGUGGAAUGUGUGUAUAUUUAAUCCUCUGGAAAAAAAAGCAAAACUGAACUUAAAAGCAAACGGGAACAAAUAGUUGCUGGAACUUCUCACCCUGUGUGCAUCAGCGCACCGGCUCUGUGGACAGAACACAAAGAUAGUAAAGAUUUAAGAGGAGAGAGUUCAGAUAUGGCAAAUUCAUAAGGAGGGGGAGUUCACUGCGGCCCAAGUACCUUGGUCUGUUUUUCAUUCGAAAUAUUUUAAAAAAAUACAUGAACACAACAUAUCAAAGUCUGUACGUGCAACUAAUGAGCAGAGAAGUGCCUAAAUGUGUGUGGACAGACAGGCUCUGUGUGUCCUUACACUCAUUUUUGCUGCAACAUGAGGCUAUUUCAACCAUAUCGCUUCAUUGAUAAGGGAGAUACCCGCCUAGUCUGCUUCUCGAGUACACAUGCAGAGCCGGGACGGAGCAAAGUCCACCACGGAGACUGAAUGAACAAGUGAAGCGAAGCCGCAAAUACGUGAAUGGGCUCCUUGUUUAGUCAGCGUUUACUCGUCUGUUGACAGGAGGACAGAUCUGCGAUCACUCCGCCCUACGUAGUUACAUUUUUCAGCCUUUCAGCAUCAGGACUAAUGAUGAGGAUGACUCCGGGGGUGGCCUGCCGAGCCCCACUGCUGUCUCACCAGCUGCUGUAAGAGUGACAAACGAGCAACCAGGGCAACGUGAUGCAAAAACACCCGUGUUGAGAUGAGGAAGCUUGAGUGGUAACAGAUUAAAUAAUGAGUCACUGUGCAACGCGACGUGAGUCCAGUGAAAGUCAAAUGACAAUAGAAAGCGUAUCAGCGAAUGCUGCCUCAUGCGCCCGCAGCCUGCUGGUGAAAUCAUUAACCAUGAACCUGACAGGUGCUGUUUGUAAGACUGAUGUUUCUCCACUGUUCACAUCCACAUCGAUCUAUGAUACUGUUCUCAGUCAGUCAGGGACCAUGCUUACUACUUUUCGAUCACAUCAUGCUCUCACUAAGUCUUUCAUGACUUUUACUUUGAGCUUCCGUUGGACAAAAGCAGCAAUAAUCAUAAUUUAUAUAUUUAUGUUUUCCACAAUAAAUGUAUAUCUGCUCAAAGUUC